UACACGUUCAAGAAAAAGCCUGGAAACACUAUAUGAAUAAUGCAAUAUCUGUUCCUAUUCCGAAUACAGAAGUCAAACAUAAAAAUACUCUUUAUGAGGAAAAAGGUUUAUUGCUAGUACUUUUUGAAAAACAAGGGUCAGCUAGUACAAAGG